AUGGACACGGCUAGUAACAGGAGGGGCCCUGAUGAGUGGCUUGAGACGGUGAAGAAGUGCCAGGCGCUGACGGAGAACGAGAUGAAGCAGCUGUGUGAGAUGGUGAAGGAGCUGCUGAUGGAGGAGAGCAACAUCCAGCCGGUGAUGACGCCUGUGACGGUGUGUGGGGAUAUCCACGGGCAGUUCCACGAUUUGCUGGAGCUUUUCCGGACCUCUGGCGGGUUUCCGGACGACGAUGUGAACUAUAUAUUCCUGGGGGACUAUGUGGAUCGUGGGUACUACAGUUUGGAGACGUUCACGCUGCUGAUGUGUUUGAAAGUGAAGUACCCGGCGAAGAUCACGCUGGUGAGGGGCAACCACGAGUCCCGCCAGAUUACGCAAGUGUACGGUUUUUAUGAGGAGUGUCUGAACAAGUACGGCUCGACCACGGUGUGGAAGUACUGCUGCCAAGUGUUCGACUUCUUGACACUGGCAGCCAUCAUAGACGGUAAGAUACUGUGUGUGCACGGUGGUCUGUCUCCCGAGAUAAGGAUGCUGGACCAGAUUAGAGUGCUGUCCAGAGCACAAGAGGUGCCACACGAGGGUGGGUUUUCGGACUUGCUGUGGAGUGACCCAGACAACGUCGAGGCAUGGCAAGUAUCACCCAGAGGUGCCGGGUGGCUAUUUGGCAGCAAAGUAGCUAGAGAGUUCAACCACGUUAACGGCCUGAACCUGAUAGCCAGAGCGCACCAGUUGGUCAUGGAAGGUUUCAAGUAUCAUUUCCCUGAGAAAGACGUAGUAACAGUAUGGUCUGCUCCAAACUACUGCUACAGAUGCGGUAACGUAGCCAGUGUAAUGAAGGUAGACGAGGACCUGGAGCCCACUUUCAAGAUAUUCUCUGCGGUACCGGAUGACUACAUAAACCAGGACGCAUCUUCCCCGACUACUAACAACGGAAACUCAGGUUCCAACUCACAGAGAGCUGGAUACUUCUUGUAA